AGUAAGCGAUGCGACUCAGUCGCGAUUCGAAGCCGGCGGUAGUAAGUUAAUGUUAUAUCUUGUGUGCCGUACCGUGUAACGUGUGUCUUUUUUUAUUUCGUUCCUCGCCAUAUCACUGUGUAUUGUGUUUCUCAUACGUCGAAAGAAAGUUGUGUUUACGUUGGAAUGAAGCGUAUUAGAAGCCAAAUGGCUUCAUUUACGUACACUUUCGUUUUUUUGCCUCGACAGAUGUAAGGAAGAGAACGACGUACAGCAGUGUUACCAGUUUCCGCGGUGUGGUCGAACUUUCGUUCGUCAGUCCUCCGCGGACUGUCGCGAGUGAUCACAGUGGUAUCUGUUACAAGGAGAAUAGUUGUGAACAGAAAGAGGACGAAUAUCGUUUAAGAUGCUGACUUCCAGCGCAAAUCAGUACCUCCGUCCGGAAUAUCUUACGCCUCUACCUACUACGCUGGAUGCGAAGAAGAGUCCGCUCGCGCUCCUCGCACAGACUUGCAGUCAAAUAGGAGCUGACACGCCGUCCAAUAAAUCUCUUCUGGGCUCGUUGGACAAAGGGUCGAACAACAAAUCGUCCAAGUCCGCGGAUCCGUUGCGUGAAAAAUCAUCACCGACGAUCGCGGCGACAUCCACAGAAUCAACCAAGGCAAACUUUAAGCCUUACGAGUCGUGUCUAGGUCGCGAGAAAGCGUCAAGCCCGGACGAACAACGGUCAGCCUCUAGUCAUUCGACGUCCGGCCGAUCGAGGACACCUGGUAGCAAUAACAAACGAUGCCCAAGCAAUCAGAGCGCCUCGUCAGUCAGAGCGGUGACACCGCAAGGUCGUAAAACAUCGACGCCGAAUGGGGAUACAGCUCGGGAGUCACCCGCCUCGAGAACAUCGAUGACGAAUCUUUCAUCGACUCAACUCGAUUCGUCGAGUUCUUCUCAGCCGGCCGUCGUCAGCAGUCCGUCGUUACAAGCAAAACCUCCUUAUAGCCCAGCCGGUGUUCUAGCAAUAACGGAUCCGUCCAUCAAGGAUCUUCCGUUGGGAACUUUCAAACCUGGUGUCAGUUUAGCCUCGUCGAGCUCUGGCUAUUUAGGUUACAGUCCACAAUUACCCAUCGAUGUGACAGCCAGUUCUUUGAUGUCUCAGCAGCAGGCGGCGCUAAAGAAUAGCUUAGUGGCCGGUAAUCCCUAUCUGAGUUACGCAAGGUUGAAGAGUUCUUCCGGUCCCGAUGCUCUGAUGCCCGUUUGCAGGGAUCCGUAUUGCACUGGUUGUCAGUUGAACUCUCAUCUGCUUGCCAGUUCCGCGAGUGCAGUGGUGGCGAAUGGAAAGUUGGCGAGCAGUACGAGUAGCGCGGCUGGUUCCUGUCCUGCUGGGUGUGCUCAGUGCGAUCACAAACCCGGUACAACGGCUUACGGAGCGCUGGGUGUAGCCGCAUACGCACACGCACAACUGGCAGCUUUGGCAGCGGCCUCGCAACUCCCGUACGUGUGCAACUGGAUAGCAGGCGAUACGGCUUACUGUGGCAAAAGAUUUUCCACGUCGGACGAAUUGUUGCAACAUCUGAGGAGUCACACGAGCGUGUCGAAUAGCAGCGGAGUCACGGAUCCGUCAGCCGCGUUGUCUCUGCUGUCGCCUUCCGUUGGACUACCACCGACACAUCCUUUGUUCUCCAGGACUUAUCCCACGCCACCUUUGAGUCCACUCGCAACCGCGCGUUAUCACCCUUACGGGAAACCUUCACCGUUGUUGCCGCCGUCUCUAUCGUCGUUGGGUUUACCGCUUCCACCGCCACAUCCGCACACACCUGCAGGAUUACCACCGUAUUUCUCCCCAUACUCGCUGUACGGAGCUCCUCGCCUUGGUGCUGCAUCCGGCUUGCCUCAAUGAGUCCUUGACCACGGACCUUGCCGAGCAACGACGUCGAAGAAUAUCAACCGUUCAUCUGUGAUCCUCGUGCGAGUAUAGGGAAGUGUUUGAUACGUAAAUAUGUAAAAAAAAAACCGAAUAAACCGAAGAUACGGAAUAAAAAUACAGACCAAGCGAGCUGACCUCGUUAAAGUAACCUCGCAAUUACGUUAAACAAAUAAAUCAGUUGCUUACUCUUGUCAACAUUUUAGUAUCGUAGAAUUUCCUUUCUUUUUAUAUAUUUUUCUUAUUCUUUCGUUCCCUUACCUCCUUAUCUUAUCUUCAUCCUUAAAUUUGUUAUCUUAAUUUAUUAGUUAGACUGAAAAAUAAAAGAUGCUGCGAAUAAUUAUUUAACGUGCUUGCUGAAGGAUUGGUGUCAUCAUCGAGACAAAGAGUCGUACCUUCACACGUGUUGAGUCUUCGGUAGGAAGUGCUAAGAAGAUUGCAAGUAUUAUAGUGUACCAAUCAUUUAACUGUGAUUCUUGUGCAAGAAUAACGAAGCGUGUAGUGAAGGGGAGCAAAUCUGAAAAUAACGUGUGCCUGAAAGAACCACUUAAGGCUACUGCAUAAUUAUUAACUGUCGACGCGCGUUUAACCGGCUGUUAUGUAUUACGAUGUGUUACGAUGUACCCCGGUACUUGAUCUUAAUAUCACGUUCGUGUAUAGUAUUAUUUUGUUUAUAUCACGGUUCAAAUAUUCCAACGUUCGUUCGUUUUGUAUUUUAUAUCGUUAACAAUAUGUCUUCGACACGACGUUUGAACACUUAUGUGUAUGCGCGAGUGUAUACGACCAUACGCUCUUUAUUAUUGUACGAUUUCCUUUUCUAUGUUACGCUGUCGAUGAAUUUUUGUUCUCCGGUACGAUGGUAAUUUCCGAUUGAAAAUCAUUUCCUGUCACAUACUGAACUGAAAUAUUUGGCUACACGGUGGCCCGUUCGCUGCACCUGACGUGAACUACUUAAUUUCGAAAAAUAAAACAAACGAGUGCCACGGGUAACGUCGAAAAACCAAUGUUCAACUGUGAUUUCCGAGUGAGAAAGCUACCAUGUGCAUGAGUGAGAUAUGCUGCGCUUCCGCUACAGAUAUGUGUAUGCGUGGUUCUAGAAUUUAUCGAUACAUACGCGAUCACGGAUCUGUAACUCCAACUAUCAACAGGCGAUUAUUUUUAAUAUCGAAUAUUUCCUCGUGAAUCUUAACGUCGAUGAGACAGUAUUUUUUUCGCGCUACACUUACCCACCUAACAUAAUUACUCACAAAUAGCCUGGAAUGUUAAAAUCGAAUAGAUUGGAAAUGUUGCGUAACUUUGAAAAUAGUACAAAAUAUGAUGAUAAAGGAUAAACGUUUGUAACGUUAACGAGUAAGUUGAUCGUUUAUCGGCGCAGAAUUCCAAUGUAAAUUUGCAAACCACGUUUUUCAUGCUUUAAGUUCCAAGCCUAUGAAAAUACAUAGCUUGAAACGACGCAGUAAAUUCUCGUCGAUCGCGAUGUUCCAAUUGUACCAUGUCCUCCAUUAUUGCGAACAUUCGAAUGAAUAUUCGAAUAACGUAACGAGUUUAUGUGUAGUAUUUAUGGAUUAAUAUUCAUCACCAAUCUUUAUUGUAACUAUUGUACAUUUGUUCAUAGGUACGUAGACGGCGCGGCGAAUCUAAAAAAGGAAAAGGUAAAGCACUUUUCGCCGGACCGAUGGAGCUUAGUGAUAGUGAACGCGCGAACGUAAAUUCGACAAAUCCUUGACUAGCUGACGAAUAUUGCGUAUAUAUUUUUGCGUAACCAAAGCUUUAGUGAUUGAUUGACCGAUAAUUUAGUACUGUUACGAAUUCUUGUAUAACGACUUUAUGUACCGAAGAAAAACGAAUGUAUUACAAGAUAUACAAUUUAAGUUACGAAUAGAUUUAUUUUCUCUUAUAUUAGAUAUGUAUAUACAUAUACAUGUAUACAUAAGUGUAAAUGUAUGUAUGUAUAAAUAUAUACAAAUAUACAUAUAUACGUAAGUAUAGAUGUGUACACAUGUAGCAAUUAUUAUUAUUAUUAAUAUUAUUCUUGCAUAAUUCUUAUCAUUACGAUCAAUGACAAUUUGAAUGUGUGGAGAAAAUUUGACUAAGAGUACAUAGUGUAUUUGAAUCGAAAUUUUGUACGUUUUAUUUCCCUCAUUUUUGGAGCGAACCCCACGUUGACUUGUUAAUUCUAUUAUUAUUGUUAUUCCGCAUUACGUAACGCUGUUUGAUACCCUAUUGAAGUGAAAUAUAUCAGAACUUAUUUCUUAACGGAAAAAUGCUUUUGUCUUUAAUUGAAUUACCUGAUAAUAAGGAAACUUGUAAAAUCGAAAUACGGUUUACAGUUUCAAAGAGAUAGUACGAAUCAAUGCAAUACUUUUUAAAAUUAACUUUAUACGCGUAUAUAAGUUAUCUGCGGAUGAUUAUAUUCUAUAUAUAAACAAAUUUUAUGUACGCAUAAUAACUUUUCACUUAUCUGAUAUAGUUCUUUUUAAAAAUGUUAUUCAUCGAAAAACAUUAAAAUAUUUUUGUUUGGAACUUUAAUACCACGGCAGAAUAUCUUCCAGUUAUAAUUUUACGUUACGACCGUUUAAUAUAAUUCGUUUUGAUACGAUGAUCAUGUAUUUAAGGAAAAGGCUAUAUAAUUAAUUUAACUAUAUAAAAUAUGUUCGACAAUUGACAAUAGUGUGUCACGUAUACUAAAAUCGAGGAACAAAAAUGGUAAUAUCAAAAAUGGUAGUAAUAUAGAAUGGCUGUCAUGAUUAUUCGUACAUCCUGUAAAACGGAGUAACUUUUUUAAAUUAGACAAAACGCCUCGAUCUUUUAUCUUAAAAAUUAGAAGGAUUAAUUUACUACAUGUCGUGCAGAAAAAUUUUGAAAUAUAGCAAUUGAUCAGAAUCGCGAAGAAAGAAAGUAAAAGUCGCAUUUUACAAGCUUUUUAUUUAGCAUUUUA